AGAACAUCCACGUCACGCACUGAUGUCCCCUCUAAUUUCCGCCAAACCCAGGCAGUCUAAGGAGAUGUGAACUGAUGCAGUCCCUGUUACAUGUUUCAUCAUUACAGGUAUGAUUGUCAAAUUAAUCACUAUACGAUCAUUGCAAUUGACUGGUUUUGUUUAUAAUGUAUAUAUGUUUUGUUAUACUCUGUCUGCAUUUGGAGCUGAAAGAGACAGCAGUCUAAGGAGAUGUGAACUGAUGCAGUCCCUGUUACAUGUUUCAUCAUUACAGCUGAAAGAGCCAGUAAAAAGAUAUCCAAAGAGAGCUGUGGUGUCGGGGUGAUUUUGCGGUGUGUCGCAGACUCACUACAUAUUUGGUGCCAUGACCCGGAUCAAGAGAUCAGUUGCUGCAGAUCGCCGGGAAGCUUCUCUACAUUUUCUCGACAUCACAGGUGCACAGAACCUGGAAAAACGGACCCUGCACAGUAUGUCCUUUUCGAACAGUGAUGACCCUGAAGGGGCUGCAGGUGUAUCUCCUUCACGAUAUGUCAGUGUGCCACAGUCAGAUGAUCUUAUGUCAAAUAAUGGCAUUGACUCUGUGAAUGUAACUCCUGUUCGCAAUGAGGGUAAUACAUUGAGGGCACAGAGGGGAAUCUCCGGGAUGGGACGGGGAGCUCAGUUGGCUAAUUUGAUAGAACCGAGUGUCAGGGCCUCCCCUGUUCAAUAAACACUCCCCCAAACACAGCCCAAAACCUUGAUUGGUCAAAGAUGAACCUAAUCCUCCAAUCUGACAUUAAAGAGCCACCUCACUUCAGAGGUGAAGGCUCAGAUCGAUGCACUGUUAGUGAGUGGCAAGAAAUUAUGCAAACAUACCUGGCAAGGAAGGGCUGUAGUUUGUCCGAGCAAGGCAAUGAAGUAAUGGACAGAUUGAUGGGGCGAGCAAGAGAUGUCGUCAAGAUAUGCAUCCGUAACAACCGGUUCGUAAGCAUUAGCAGAGAUCCUGAUGUUAUCUUCACUAUUCUCAGAGAGCACUUUGGAGAUGCAAUCUCGUCAACUACCCCGCUACAGGACUUCUACGAAACUAUACCAAAGCGUUCAGAGAGUGAUUUAGAUUACUGGAUCAGACUCAAUAAGGCUAAUGAUCUUGCUGAUGAGUGCCUACGAAGACAGGGAAAGAAAGUGGAGGAUCCAUGUCAUGAAGUAACCAUGAUGUUUGUUAAACAUUGCCCUGAUCCCAGCCUGUACACAGCCCUCAGAAGUAGACCUCUUGAGAAAUGGACUGUUGGAGAGGUUCAGGAACUGGUUGACAGCCACCACAAAGACAGGCAAUCAGCCAGGGCAUGUCAGACACGAAACACAGUCAAAGUUAAUGAGGAUGUGACCCCCAAUGCUUGGUGCAUGGCACAGCAGCCAGUUAGUGCUAAUCAGUCUACUAACCUUGAGCCAGCCUCUUUGAGUAAAAUGAUCUCCCUUAUGGAAAAGAUUCUUGCUAAGCAAGAGCAGAGUCAAAGCCAAGCCUGGGGUAGAGCACAGGUGGGUGAGGCCACCACAAACUUAAGCUCAUGUAGAGUCUGUAGAGCCCCAGAUCAUUCAUCCAAGGCCCACUGCUUUAGAGAAGGCCUAUGCUUUAAGUGUUAUAAAACAGGACACAGAGGAUUUGAAUGCUCAGAAAAGAGACAAGCGAACAAAACAAAUGUAGCCAUGCCCCAUGUGCCAGACCCAGCUUUAAACUAAAGGGCCUAUGCCAAAAGGGGGAUUGGUGUGGGCACAGAAUAAGACACAACCCCAAAGAACCCUGCAGAUUUUGAUACUGAAAAUGAAACCUAUUCAAAGCAGCAAGUGAUCCACAGAAAAAGAACCACACCACUAGUGGUGAAACCAGAUGGCCUGGCACAGGGGAUUGGUUACCGGAAAAUAGAUGACGAAGACGAUCUUUUCUAUGCCACAGCACUAGUUGAAGGGAAAGUAGAACUCUCAGCUCUUGUAGAUAGCAGGUCCACAACCUGCACACUGAGUGAGUCUGCUGAACGCAGCCUCCGGAGUGGCAACAUUAUCGAUGGAGAAUCAAGUCAUCCAACAGAAAAAAUUCUGAUAGGUUGUGGGGGUAAUGAGGCCAAACCUAAAUGUACUUAUGAGUUGAACAUAGAUCUACUUGGUUGCAAAAUGGCUGUCUCCUUCCUAGUUGUUCCAGGACAAAUAGAUGAUAUGAUAGCAGGAUCAAAUGUGAUGAGACACGCAAAGAAUAGUGACUGGUUUUGGGAUAAUGUUUCACGGCCAGCCAGAGAAGAUUCUCGAGAACCCCUACUUGACCUGCUGUCAAAUGUUGCACGCUGGCAUUGCGAAAGGAUACCAAAAAGGGUGGGAGCUGUUGUGCUGAAGCAGUGUGUGACCUUGGAGCCGCAACAUGAACAUUUACUUUGGGGAAAGCUAAAGGAGAAAGUGCCAGUGUCUGUGGAAGCAUUGUAAUGGUCGAACCUAGUGAAUCUCGGUCUGCGCCAAGAAACGUGUUAGUAGCACGCACUGUCUGUCCUUUGCGGGGGGAUAAUUGGAUUCCCAUGAAGGUGAUGAACCCCCUUGAUCGUCCCAUAGUCCUCCGCCGUAACACCAAGCUCGCUCAGUUACACGCGUGUCUAGCCCUUGAAGAAUUACAACUCGACGGUGUCAGUGAAGGGUCUCCUGGCAAGGCAAAGGCAGUGUUGGGCAAGAGUCCCUACAAAACUAACCUUGUGGUGGGAUCCAAACACAAUGGGUCGUAAAAGUGUGGCCUUUGAGCCAAGAUGAAGCCAGCUAAAGUUUUCCCUCUAAGAUCAAGCAUGGAGAUUGUAUCUUCUGGUGAUAACUUAAUACCUGGGGUCUCCCCAGAAACCCCUGCUCUGCUCCUGGCCGCUCCCACUCUCCUUUGACCUCUGACACUCAAUUGGCUAAAAGCCAGCAUCAUCCCAUAACCAGCACCUCAAGGAGGCUGGGCCUCCACAGGUUAAUAAAUGCUGCUGCUCAUCAAUAAUCGCUCUUUCUCCCUGCUGAGGACUUUGACCAGGACCCUUCGGGGCCUCCCAGAUGUUCCAGCUCUAAAGGGGGCGACAUCCACAAAAGUUUGUUUUAGCUUCCCUUUUCUUUAAUCUUAAGUCAACACUUAUUUUGAAAGACUAUUUUUGUUUUAACUUGAAAAGGCAGCACACAGGAAAUCGCUCGCAGGCCGAGCUCAGAGACUUUCUUUUCCACGAUCUCCAAACCAACUGUGCCACCGCUGUUCAUCCCUGCAGUAGAGACGAGGCAGAAUUCCGUCAGAGAAGAGACGAGGCAGAAUUCCAUUCCAAGAGCAAGAGAAGUUCGCUGUAUUCGGCCCCCCGGCUGACCUCCGUUGCAACCACGAGACCCACCUGAGCACCGCUUAAGAGGCCAGGACUUCACUCAAUUGUUUUCCAGGAAUCCGCCAUUCAAGCACGCAUCCUGAGGUUUAACGAGAGAUUCACUGGACUUCUGGAAAACCCGCGCCCCACGCGCAAGCAACACCGCAGAGGUCACAGUAAGAGGCUUUAUUGUCUGGGCAGAGACUAGUUUAAAUACUUAGCGUGUCAUUUUAUUUGAGUGUGUUUGUUUGUAGAUCGCUGAUCUUUUUUUAUCCGUGUUACACGGCAGACCGAGAGGUCACAUCCGGUUCCUUUGUCUACUAUGUUCUGAGAAGCGCGCGGUAACAAACCGGCGUUUCCUUUUUACGUGUUACUGUCAGAGAUAUAGUGCGGAGAUUUACAUCUGUUAAAAGAUAAAUCUCACGUAACUACGCCAUAGCCACUUCCCCCUUUUCUUUCUCACACACACACAGACAGGCAGACACACACGACCACACACACACACACAUAGAUACCCCGUAUCACAUGCGUGGUCUUAAUUGUGAUAAGUGCUGCUGCUGUUGUUGCCAUCUUUGAAAUAUUGGAGUUUGAUAAAUGAAGAAUCAUUGAAAUAACAUUAACUUUAUUUCCCUUUUUAAUAAAUACUUUUGUAAUUAAAGUAUUUGUAUUUCUGUGAUUAUUUGUGCAUAUGUAUGUGAAUACAGCUGGAUUACUAUAGCCUGUGCUCGAACUUAAAACCCUUCAUUGUUUAUUAUAUAAUCAUUAAUAUUAAAUAUUGAGAUUAUUAAUUUAACUUUUAUCACUUGAGACUGAUAACUAUAGUUUGACUAGUUGGUCCCUGUAACCAGGA